AUGCCACAAACGUCAGCCCACGAAUCCGGUUCCGAUCAACUGCCGACGAUUCGGCUAAUGAAAAACAAGCGCCGCACAUUCAAGGCGCAAAUCGCGAUUAUCGGUAAGUCGCUCGAAACUUACCAAGAUUCAUCAAAGGAGCGCGUUAAACUCCGCGAACGCAUCGAACGGUUGCGAAAACAGUUUGAAGGAUUCAAUGAAAUCCAGGACGAGUUAGGAAUUAUCGAAAAUUUCGAACAAACGGAAGCGGAACGCGAAGCUGUUACUGAACAAUACGACGAUGUAAUAGCCACGGCCAUUACGCUGUUGCAAGAAGCUGGGCAGUCCGCGAUACAGCUUCCUUCAACCGCACCGAGAACCGCGAACGAAUCGCCCGCAUCGUCAACAUCUUCAGCCGCGAUCGGAGUCCAUCUCCCGAAGAUCGAUUUACCAAAGUUCGAUAGUCGAUUGGAAAAAUGGAUCGCGUUCAAGGACGCUUUCCAGACCAUGAUACACGCGCAUCCGGGACUGAGCGACAUUCAAAAGUUGCAUUAUCUACGUCUGUCAUUGUCGGGCAAGGCUGAGUCCGCCAUCGAAUCCUUCACGAUCAGCGAGGAUAAUUACAGGGCGGCUUGGGACCAGCUGAUCGAGACGUACGACAACACGCGCGCGCUCGUCCUCCGACAUUCCGCGUUACUCCGCGAUACACCUGCGAUGCAUGAUGAUACGGCCGAAGCGAUUUGCGAUUUGGUGAAUCACAUGCAAUCCCAGAUUCGUUCCUUGCACGCAUUGGGAAGAUCAUGGGAGGAUAUCGCGAAUGAUUUAUUGACCAGCAUCGCGAUAUCGAAAAUGGGUCCGCGCACGAAAAGAGAAUGGGAACAAACACUGUCUGACACAACGAUGCCGAAAAUCGCGGACAUCUUUCGGCAUCUCCGCAACGCGUCCCAUCGUUGCAGGAACGAAAAUUCGUCAGUCACACACCAGACUCCGAUUUCAAACGCUCAUCGGGCUUCAUCGACGAAUAACGCGCCAUCGAGUCAAACACCCUCGAAGAAUUCGUCAACGUUUUCGAGACAAACGCCAACGCUUGGGAAAAAACCCCUAUCGCCGCGAACGAACAGACGACAAACAUUCGUCGCAGCGUCCGGAACAAGCUGCAAGAUUUGCAACUCCGGUUCCCAUCCAGCGUUUCAAUGUCAGCAGUUUUUGGAUAUGGCGGUUAAAGACAGAUUAUAG